AUGCGGGCAAGACGAGAGGUCCCGAAGGAAAAAGUAAACGACAGGAUGUUGUGUGAAGGCACCGGGAUCGCUCGUGGUUCGCCUCGACCGACCUUCGCCGCCGUCGCCCAGCAAAAAGUGUGUGAGCCUCGCGCGCUCAACUAUGUGGAAGUACCAGAUCGAGUACUUACACGGUCCUGCGCCUGCGCUGCUGAGCCUCCCGUGCGACAUGCCCUUACUCUUAUUUCACAUGCACUGAUACCUCAACGUUGA